GAAGUAGGGUCCUAAGAAAAAUCCUAGUCGCCGCUGAACGCUCUAGAGCUUAGCUUGACCCGCGCAACUCGCGACAAGUUAGAGCCGGCUCCGCCAGCUUCUACGAACAAACUCAUCUUAACAAAUAAUGUAUGGACAAGAUAAUUAAAACCAACCGCCUAACACUUUCUUGCAUAGUGAUACAAGCCCGUGGUGAACUUAGUUAGCUCGGAUAAUCAUGCUCGGCUCAACAGCCAGAGUUUCGCGACCCGUGGGGGUUUUUGCGCACCUUCGUAAUGGCACUAAGCCAUUACCGGGCGGUAUAAGAAUGCCUCCUUUUUAUGCGACUCGAUCGGGGUAUCUUAAUUCGACACUGGCGUUGAGACGAUACUCUUGCAAGACUGCGAAUCAAACAUCCGAAAAGCCCAAGAGCGGUGAACACUGUGCAAACAAGAUUCAUGCCAUUACGCCGAUGGCUUUUCAGUUCUGGACAUCAGCACCAAUCUGGAAACGAGCGGCGAUCAAUACCUUGCGAUGUUUGAUUGGCUGUACCAGUGGCGACUUUUCCGCGAUGUGGUUUCUACAGGCAUUUUAUCCAGGCAUUGGCACGGGAGUCAUUAUGGGUAUAGCAAUGGCCAGCGGUCUUACCACAUCGAUGCUUCUUGAGACCAUCCUACUCCGAUACGGCCGUGAUAAGUUGUCAUGGUCUAGCGCUACCAAAACCGCAGUCGGCAUGAGCUUUAUUUCUAUGCUUACAAUGGAAGCAGCACAGAACAUGGUUGAUUACCACUUGACUGGGGGCACAGUUGCUUUUGAUUCUCCUGCAUUUUGGGCUGCCGCCGUUAUUUCGAUGGGCGCAGGUUUUCUUGCGCCCCUUCCAUAUAAUUAUCUCCGACUAAGGAAAUAUGGCAAGGCAUGCCAUUAAGCUGAGGGCAUGUCUUUUGAGAUCGAAGCUUGUCAUUUUAUAUAAAGUCCAGAUAGGAUGCUCGGAAGAUGUACCGUCGACAAGUUGAAAGGGGAUAAUAUAUACCUAUUGAAUAACGUUUAAAUUAUUUUAUUAAAGGGCUUACGAC